GCGAUCCGUGGCCACCGCGCGCCUCUUUCGGCCUCUAGCCAAGCGCUGCCGCCUCCAGCCUAGAGAUGCCGCCAAGAUGCCUGAGAGCGCCUGGAAGUUUCUCUUCUACCUGGGAUCCUGGAGCUACAGCGCCUACCUGCUCUUCGGCACCGACUACCCCUUCUUUCACGACCCGCCGUCAGUCUUCUACGACUGGACGCCCCGUCUGGCUCUCCCCAGACUGGACCCGCGGGACAUCGCGGCCGCCUACCUGCUGCAGGGCAGUUUCUACGGCCACUCCAUCUAUGCCACCGUGUACAUGGACACCUGGCGCAAGGACUCGGUGGUCAUGCUGGUGCACCACGUGGUCACCCUGGUCCUCAUCGUCUCCUCCUACGCCUUCCGGUACCACAACGUGGGCAUCCUCGUGCUCUUCCUUCAUGACAUCAGCGACGUGCAGCUCGAGUUCACCAAGCUCAACAUCUACUUCAAAUCCCGCGGGGGCGCCCACCACCGGCUGCACGCCCUGGCUGCAGACCUGGGCUGCCUCAGCUUCGGCUUCAGCUGGUUCUGGUUCCGGCUCUACUGGUUCCCGCUCAAGGUCCUGUACGCGACGUGCCACUGCAGCCUGCUGGCCGUACCCGACAUCCCUUUCUACUUCUUCUUCAACGCCCUCCUGCUGCUCCUCACCCUCAUGAACCUCUACUGGUUCCUGUACAUCCUGGCAUUUGCCGCCAAGGUGCUGACCGGACAGGUGCGUGAGCCGAAAGACCUGCGGGAGUACGAUGCGCCUGAGGCCCACAGCCCCAAGCCCAGCAAAGCCGAGUGA